AUGGAAGACGGAGAACCUUCAAAUACAGGCAUGGAAGAUGGAGAAGCUUCAAAUAACCUUUCGGAAAAACUACCAAAAAGAGUCCUCGGCGAUGGUUGCUACCCCGUUGGUGCUCGGUUGAACAUAUAUUCAAAGGCCAAUGUAAUUGGCCUCCUUGUCGAGACGUUAAAGGGUACUGAAGAUCUUGAGAAGCUACUUCAUUCCCAGUUUGGGAAGUUAUUCCAUCUACCUGUUGCAAGAUGUUGCAACAGCGCCAAACUUGUCCAUGCCCUUCUAUCACGACAACUUGUGACCACGAAGAAACACGAGAUUUGGUUCCUCUUUGGUGGACAGCCUCUGAGAUAUUCGAUACGGGAGUUCAAGGAAAUCACUGGAUUGAAUUGCAAUCCCGAAGAAGAAGAAGAAGAAGUCGGAAAAACAGGAAUCUGGAAAGACCUGUUCGGAAGAGCGAAGGCUAUGAACGUGUAUGAUGUGCUUGAAAUGCUAAAGGACCCGGAUCUACCCCGAUGGAAACGGCUUCCAUUGGCCCUAAUCGUUCUUGUCGACGGUGUUCUGUUUUGCAAUAGCAAAAAUCUGGCCCUCACCGAGAAAUACGUUGAGAUGUUGAGUGACUUGGAUAGGUUCAUGCUGUAUCCAUGGGGGAGGGUAUCCUUUAACAAAACAGUAUCUCGUUUUCAAGUUCCGAAGGCAAUCACGGAUACCGAGAAAAGGGAGAAUCCUAUCCCGAAGGCUGUCAAAACGUUAUCACUGUUGCAUCUUGGGGACAUACAUGCCGUGGAAUCCGACCCUCUGUUGUCUGUGAAACAGAUGGUAGUGGAUGAUGGUGAGAAUGACCAACAGAAUGAAUUGCGUUGGGGAGAUGAGGUAGAGGAUGCCGAAGUUGCAUUCAUGCAGGAACUCAUGGCCGAGGGGUACAAAUUCACACCUUCGGAUUUUGCAGUGGCACCGGCACCUAUCGUGGAUAUUAGUGAUGCAGAGGACGAGGUUACCAAUUAA